GCUCAGAAAUUGUGCCUUUGUGGAUUUCAAGGAUGAAGCUUUAGCAUCUCAAGCACAUUUACAACUUAAUCGAUUGAGAUUUCUAGGAAAAGUGCUGACAGUUGACAGAGCAGACAAAGCUACUUCAAUUAACAUAAACCCCCAAUGUGCUGGGCUUUCUGUUAAGGAUGCUUCUACUGCGUCCAUAGUAAAAACUAAGGAUGCUUCUGUUCACCCCAAGAGUUUGGAAUCUGGUGGUGAGCCAAUAGCUCCGAGACUUGGUGUUGAUUACCCCUUUCCUCCACAUCUUGAGUAUGCAUAUCCCCCACCAGACGGAAAUAUACUGACAAAUAUUGUGAAUGCCCUUAUUGCUGUCCCUAAUUUUUAUACGCAGGUUCUGCACUUAAUGAACAAAAUGAAUCUACCUGCUCCGUUUCGCAUGGCACUGCCUACGCCACCCUUACCCCCUCCAAUUCCUGCUCCACCUCCUCCACCACCUCCAUCAUCCCCGAAGUCUCAAUUGGCUGAUGUGUCAAGUAGUGAAUCUGAAUUGGAAUCAUCAGAGGAGGACACCGGCAAUCUUCGUGCUCGUAAACGAGCUAAAAGAGAGGCCAUUGUUGGUCCUGCAGUUGAUAAAGAUGUAGAACAUGAAACCGUUGGACUCAAACUUGCUGCAUUGGUUCCCAAAGAGGUUCCAGUUAUAAAGAAGAAAAAUCCAGUGCUACAGAUUAAGUUCAAUACCAAGCCAAUAAAUAAGGAUAUGGAUGAAGAUGAUGGUAAGAUCAGUGAUCCUGCAGUGCCCACCAAUUCAGGAAAGUUUUACUUAACACCCGAGGAAAUAAGCAGAGGGAAGAUGCCCCCGGAGGAAAUACUAUCUCUUCCUAUGUUCAAGAACUAUGCCACUGGGAAUCCUGCGACUGUUCUUUACAUCAAGAACUUGGCGAAAGAUGUGGUGGUGGAUGAUUUCUAUUUCAUAUUUGGUUCACUUUUUGAAAGUGUUGAGAAUGCCAAGUCUAAUCUAAACAUCAAGCUUAUGCAGGAGGGUCGAAUGAGGGGUCAAGCUUUUGUGACAUUUCCAACCAUAGAUCUCGCCCAUCGAGCCUUGAAUUUAGUGAAUGGAUAUUUGUUCAAAGGAAAACCAAUUAUUAUCCAAUUCGGCCGCAGCCCUUCUGUCAAAACAAGCUGAGAUUGAAUUAUAUUUGCAAAUUUUGUCAUCUUACAUUGAUUAUUCAAUUGGGUGUUAUUAUUGUGUCACGGGUAACCUGUUCGAGUUUGUUAGUUCAAAAACAUUACUUGAAUGCUAGUUUUGUAAAUAUAUAAAUUUGGAGUGAUAUGUGUAUAACCAUCCCUUUAGCCU